AUGCUGGCUUUCGUACAGUUACUUCAAGGCUUUCUCGGUCAUGUUCAGUCCAGUUACUACAAGAUAUACAAGGACCUCGCUCCAAAGAACGAGCUGUGCGAUGAGUUCCUCUUCACCUCGCAUGUGGCGGCGCUUUUGCCCCUCCUUUGUUUGAAGGAUGACAUCAUGGCGGCAGCACGAGCAGCCAUGGCAUCAGAGCCGGUGCCAUAUCUGCCAUUCCAUUUUCCAGGUCAGAUUCUUUGGCUGCUGGUCAACAACGUGUCCCAGACAAUCUGCCUGAAGGGGGUCUUCCGCACCAGCGCCACAGUCACCCCGCUGGCGCUGACAAUUAUCCUCUCUGUUCGCAAAUUUCUGUCGGUGGUGGUCUCCAUUGUUCUGUUCAGCAACCCGUGGACCGCCCAGCACAGCGCGGCGACAGUGCUGAUCUUUGGCGGUGCAUUUGCCUACUCCCAAGUCCGCGAGGCCCGUCCAGCCACAACCGGAGAGAACAAGAAGUCUGACUGA